AUGCAGAGGAUCCUAUCGUCAGUAGUUAUUGGCAACAUCGUACGGUGUAGACAGGGGUCGGGAAGCUGGUACGGCUUGGCACCGGUUCGCUUGCCGGCGAAGGACGUCGUACAACGGCUUCGUAGUCGCACCGCCGACAUGGCAUCGGCACAGAUGAUGAUGGUUAUAGCCAUUGCCGGUGCCAGCCAGGAUUUUGUAAAACCGCCCGCGGUAUGGAGACGGAAUGAGGCAUCAGGCAUGAGGCAGGAAACAUGAGGCACGCGGGGCAUCCGGCAAGCUGUUUAGCGGAUAUCUCGUAAGGAGAGUUCCAGUUGUUACCAGAACUUAUUAUGCAGCAAAUGAAGUUUAUACUAUUAGUGUCGUCGUAUAGCGUUUGUACAGCCUUCCAGAUGUAACACUUUGAAGCUUAUUAUCAGUAAAUCAGAGCAGUAGGGAAAGAAAUUACUGCCUUUUAAAAUAGCGGACUGUCAAAGUUAAGCGCUUUUGUGCAUUGCAUCGAUUGUAACUCAACAAUUAGCCAUUAAAACCUCCU